ACUUUGAUUACAAACAGGGAAAAAAAAAAUCCACAGCUCAGCCCGUAUGUAACCAAGCAAAUCAAAGUUUAACAAGAUGAAAAAGAGAGUAAAGUUCAUAAAUAAACUGAGGUUGAUACCUACAAUGUCUGAAAUCUGCUGAGUUACUUACUUUCAUGGAGUACAAUGUGAAAAGCCUUCUCUUUCCUCUCGAACUCACACCGACCCAUUCGCCGCAACCGCAACACUAUUAUCUCUCUCACACACACAUUUCAUUGAAAUUGUAAACACGCCUUGUAACUUGUGAGUAGUAUCCCACGAUUUGUUUUUCCCUUUCCUUCAAUCAUCAAGUUUUGUUUCCUUGGGAAAAUCGACACUUGUGCUUGGAAGACACUCUUUGUGGUUUGGUUUGGCGUGUUGUCGUCAAAAGAUAGCAACUUUUGCGGUAUUGGAAGGUGGAUUUGUUGGUAGCUGUUCUGGGGUGGUGGCGUUUUGUGAUGCCAUGCCAGAGAAGGUUGUGAUUUCGCCCCAACGGGCUCUAUGGUCCAUUCUAAUGCUUCAUUGGCGUGUUGGGUUGCUCACUGCUUUGGUUUUGGUUGGAAUGGUUGUGGUUUGGAGCAUUGAUGGGUGCACAGUCAAGAACAUCAUUCAAGCUUGGAGGUAUCAACAAGAUUAUCUUGCUGUAAGGUCUCAUACUCCUAAUUUAACUUUAACUUUUGUCUCUCCAUACAGUCCUGUAUAUGGCAAAAAGUCCCUUCUAGUUGAGGGGCAUGCAAGUUGGGUUUCAAAUGAGUUAGAACCCAACUUGACUUCAAAUCUCAUAGCUAGAUGGUCAGCUCGUGGAGGUGAGCCUUGUAAAGAUUCCAAGGCUGUGGAGAUUGCAAUUCCUUGGUUGGAUGGUGGGGAAGUGGUUGAUCUAUCAGCUGGAUAUGUGCAUGAAUUUGGUUUUCAAGCACUGGAUGAUUCAGAGAAGCCUCUUUGUGUAGGUGGAGACUACUUUGAGGCUGAUCUUUCAGGGGAAUCAUGGAAAUCUAGGCCUUUGGUGAAAGAUUUCAGCAAUGGUUCUUACUCAAUUUCACUGCAGGUUCACCCAGAUUUUGAUGGGGUUUACAAUCUCACUAUAAUCCUGCUCUAUAGACACUUUGAAGGUCUGAAGUUCACCCCGUGGAAGUUUUCUUAUGACCGAAUGCUGCGAAAUGUUGCAAUCAGAUUCUACAAGAGCAGUGUUCAGCUACCAGAACUGCAGGCUUGCAAGGCUUCUGAUUUUGUCAGGGAUGUGUGGAUUGGAAGGUGGACAAGGCAUGGCAAGAAUGAUGACUGCUCGAUAGAAAAUGAUGGUAGGUACCGGUGCCUAGCGCCGGAUUUUCCUUGCCAAGCUCCUUGGUGUGAUGGUUCCUUGGGAAUUCUGGAGAGUAAUGGUUGGGUGUAUUCAACUCAUUGCUCAUUCAAGUUGUAUUCAGCUGAGUCUGCUUGGAAUUGCUUGAAAAACAGAUGGGUUUUCUUCUGGGGUGAUUCAAACCAUGUUGACACCAUAAGAAAUUUGCUCAACUUUGUUUUAGACUUGCCUGAAAUAUCUUCUGUCCCCAGAAGAUUCGACAUGAACUUUUCCAACCCAAGAGACCCUUCUCAAACAGUUAGGAUUACAAGCAUCUUCAAUGGGCAUUGGAAUGAGACACAAAACUAUCUGGGGUUGGAUUCUCUGAAAGAUGAAGGGUUUCAAGAUUUGCUAAAGAAGUACUUCUCAGAAGACACAAUUCCAGACACUGUGGUCAUGAACUCUGGCUUACAUGAUGGUGUCCACUGGCACAACAUAAGAGCAUUCUCUGUUGGAGCUGACUAUGCAGCAUCCUUUUGGGGAGAUGUUAUGAAGACAGUGAAGCAAAGAGGGUUGGCAUGGCCAAGAGUGUUUUACCGGAAUACAAUUGCAACUGGUGGAUAUGCAAGGUCACUAGCAUUCAAUCCUAACAAGAUGGAGGUGUUCAAUGGUGUGUUGUUGGAGAAAUUGAAGCAAGCAGGAGUUGUUUCUGGUGUGAUUGAUAACUUUGAUAUGACAUUUCCAUGGCAUUUUGAUAACCGGUGUAAUGAUGGAGUUCACUAUGGAAGAGCUCCAGCAAAAAUGAAGUGGAGAGAUGGCCAAAUUGGACAUCAAUAUUUCGUGGACCUUAUGUUAGCUCAUGUUCUUCUCAAUGCCCUAUGUGCAAGAUAGCAUUUGAAGCAAGUUUUGUAUGCACACCCUAUAGAUUAUGCUUGGUUGAAGACUAUUGAGGUUGUGUCUACUAUGCUUGGAGACUCUUGCUGUUUCUAUGUAGUUAGGUUUGGCUUUCUUUCUUGCUCAUAUUUUUUGUUACUGUGAGUUAUGUGUAUAAAUGAGAUUGUUCCACUUGUAGAUUAGCAGGGGAUUUUAACUCAUCAAAACACAUUUCACUAUCGAUGAUCAAUAGCAUUAUUUCAUAGCUAUUCUUUGUUU